GCAAAAACUAACAAAUAACCAGAAUCGUAGACUAGAUCGUAGGAUUAUUCGCAAUACGCAUCUGUAUCUGUACUAAGUUAGCAAGAUACAAAAAUGCAACAUUCGCGUCUAGCCGGCUCGGCACUGCGUCGUGCACGAUGUGGGUCGAGCGUGGCGCGAGGUGGUGAACAUGUCGCUGCGAAGUUCUGGCUGCAGCAAGCGCGCGCCGCUUCGUCGGCAGCUGCGAAGUCCUCUGGGUCCCUGUUUGACCACGUUGCGAUGGCGCCACCGGAUCCCAUCCUGAACACCGCAGCAAUGUUCAAGGGAGACACGGACACACGAAAAGUGAACUAAGACUUCUAGAUUUGUUCUUCAUCCAAGAAAUAUCGAGCGUAUAGUACGUCGGAAAAUGAAACUAGUACAUGUGACACACAUAGUUUAGCGAAUAUCCUCUACAAAUAGAACUGUCUAGAUUAACAUCACUUGAUGGCAGUGCCACUUGCUUUGAGAUGUGACGUGCAUCGAAGCUUGUAGUGCAACUAAAAGGUCGGACUUGGUGGAGGUUACUAUGAUUGGCGCUUAGACGAGAUAAGCAUAAGCAAUUAGAUGGGCUUUUAUUUACCGUUCUAAGUAGGCCUUGGGAUCGGUGCAUACCGCACAGAAGAAGGCGACCCUUGGAUCUUGCCAGUUGUGAAGCGUGCAGAAGAGGACAUGCUUCGAGAGCUCUCAGUUAAGAAGCUUUUUUAUAAGAAGCAAGUUGUUUGAGCAGCAGAGCGCAAGGACAUGAUCUGUUGGGUGGGGUGGGCUUGCUCCAUUUUCACGCAGAAGUUAGUUCCCUUAUACAUAGUUUUUAUCUGGUUCUCCAUAGUCUACAGCGCUGCCGAUAUAAGUAAGUAAAAGGUGGAAGCGCAAGCGCAUGAUGAUUCUAAGUCUCGGACUGGGAUCAAUAAGGAGUAUCUACCGGUCGACGGGCUGGCAUCGCUCAAAAGUGCCUGUCAGAAGCUCAUAUUCGGACAGGCGGACGCACGCAUUGCGUCAGUGCAGUGCUUGUCUGGGACGGGUUCGCUGCGUGUCCUAGGAGAGUUCCUAAAUUUAAGGGAAGGUUUUGUCAUCACACACAAAGCCAUUUCUUAAAGUCACAAACCCAUUUCUGCUCUGUAUCUCACGCAGGCCCUAGAACUACAACACUUACAAACGAUACACGAUCUGACUUGUGGUCAGAAAAGUAGGGAAGAUGAAUGAGUUCGUUCUAAUCAGCGCGAAUCUGGGCUGCAAGAAACUGUUUUACAGUGAUCCGACGUGGGGCAACCACCCGACCAUCUUCGAGAAGAGUGGCAUAAAAUGCGAAAAGUAUCCCUACUACGAUCCGACGACGCGGGCGUGCAAAUUUGACGAGUGGCACAAACACGUCGAGGCAGCUCCAGAAGGCAGCCUCUACCUGAUUCAUCCCUGCGCGCAUAAUCCUACAGGUGUGGAUCCUAGCGAAGAGCAGUGGAAAGAAAUGGUAUGAUUCGAGAUAUGGUGAAUGUAUGAGUCGUUUUCUUUUUAUCAUCAAGGUGAAAUUAUUAGAGGACAUUUGGGAUUUUUGGUUACAGGCCAGUCGCAGUGUCUUCCACGACCUUGUCGCGACUCCUGGGAUUGAAUAUUUUUUGAUAUUCCGAACUUGUUCUUCCACUUUUACCGGAUUAAAUAGGAGGGUUUAGUACAACUAGGUUCUAGUAGUAACCGCUCCACCUAUUUUUAUCAUUCGGAUAUCAAAAUUCCUUCUUUAAUGAGGUCGCCACGUGUGUCGCGAAGAAGCACUUGGUGAUUCUAGAUUCCGCCUAUCAAGGGUAUGCUUCGGGCUCUCUGGAGAAAGACCGCAAGGUCAUUGAGAUGUUUAUGGCGUCGGACCUCGAAUUCUUUGUGUGCCAAUCCUUUGCCAAAAAUUUGGGCCUUUACGGUGAACGAAUAGGAAUGCUGCAUGUCGUGUGCAAAAACAAAGACAGGGCAGAGGUACAACAAUUUACCUAGUAUUUGUCGUGCAUGAGAAGUUCUGAACUUCCUUUUAUGGAUGCUGAUCAGGUAUUUGAAUCUAGAUUUUUGAUUUUUCUGCUCGUUGCUUGAAAAAGAGAAGUUACAACUUCAAACUCCUAAGUUCUUUUCUCGUCAUCAACACCAGGCUGUUCUAUCUCAGCUGAAGCUGGUGGUGCGUCCGAUGUAUUCUUCCCCGCCACUGCACGGAGCCCACUUAGUAAGUAAGAUCCUCAACACGCCAAAUAUGUACCAACAGUGGACCAUUGAGCUGAAGGAAAUGGCCGAUCGCAUCCAUGAGGUCCGAAGCAUGCUCCGCGGCUUGCUAUUACGAACAUGAAAUGCAUGAAGAACAUAGAAUACUUUGCUCAAGGAAUAGAAGUAUACAAGGUUAGCUUUAAAAUGUUGCAUCGCAUGACAUCUCGUUUCAUGAUCAUAGAAAUGCUGAGUCGUAAAAAGUAGCUACAAUCAUGAUGGGAAGUUGAUCCCACGAGCGGAAGGUUACUGUCAUCCCGGAGAAUCACUAGAAUAUCAUGAUUAUAUUACACUUUUUUUUGGAUAAACAUACAGGUCGCACGCUAUUUCUCUCUCGUCCUGAACAUCAUUUCUAUACUCUUGCGUCUAAUCUGCGAACAGAAGGGGACGCCGGGAAAGUGGAACCACAUCACUGAGCAAAUCGGCAUGUUUUCCUUUACUGGCCUGACCCCAGAGCAGUGCGAAACGUUAAUCAAGGAGCAUCACAUCUACCUACUGAAGAUUACGGCUUCCACAUAAUUCAUCUUGUUGUUGUAAGAAGUGAAUGUGACUCACAACCCGUACACGAUGCUUUCAAGGGCAACAAGAAAGGGGUCACACUGGAAAAGGUCGGUUAGGAUAGGCCUUUCUAAGAAAAGUGGCCGCAUCUCGCUAGCCGGUUUGAACAAGGACAACGUUGGUUAUGUAGCAGACUGCAUCCACAAGGUUGUUUCGGCGUCGGCGGGAAAGAAAAAGUAGAGCUGGUUGUGAACAAGAAUCAUCGGCAAAAGAUUAGGACACGGACGACGUAGGAGCUCCGUGCUAGUGAAGCCGCACCGUUACAUAGUCCGAUCUAAAGAUAAUGAACAAGAGAUUUGAACUUUUUUAGAAUUCGCGGACGUUGAAAGGUAAUUCGUCGACUUAAUGUAUAAUUUUUUUUUUAUCAUUAAGCAACUAAGAACAAAUAAUGCCAUCUGACAAUAAUGAAGUAACCUCCUGCUCCCAUAGCAGGCUCUUGUUAAGUUUUCCCCUUUCUCAGAGGUGUGCUGCUAAUCUAGAUUGGCUUCUUCCUUUUCAUAGGGUUGGGGUUUAGGUCCAGCGGCGCUCAAAGCACUAAAAUGAAUCAGCCGGUUAGUUUUUACCUCUGUCACGUAGACUAGAUGUAUCCCUUCAAGCAAAAAACUUAAUGUAUAACUUUUUUUUUCUGUCACUCAUGACAAAGAAAACGGCUUUAUGAUCUAGUCCAAUAUAUGUCGCUUCUGGACUUCUCAUACCUCUUGACCCACUGCACGUACCAACGAAUUCUUAGUAACACGAUCAACAACACAUGAGCAUGACCUUGUUGUUUCACCAUGUUGUAAUACCAUAUCAGCUAGCCCGAAGGAAGGUGGAUGUUGAUGUUGAAUCCGUGACACAUAGCCAUCAAGCGAACUUUGUUGUCGCAAAUUGUCGCGGUACUGGUGCACGCUGAUUCAUCUAACGUCAAACCGAAAAUCCUUCCUGACAAGCGACGGCACGCACUAGCAUCCGCGAUACAAGAAAGGAAAGCAACACAUACAUGAAGUAGAAGCGAUGAAAUACGCAAGAAAUUUCGACUUCGCCUCUCGUGACGUG